CUUUGUGCUUCCCCUCAUCCUCCUUCCUUUCUCCUCCUUCCCUCUCACUCCUGGCCUGGACUCUCCCUCUAAAAGCCUCCAGCUAGCUAUCAACCCUAGCACGCACCACGCAGCAGGUCCCUUACAUCUAUCGUCUUCUUCCUCCACUCCAAUCGAUCAGCUUAACUAGCUGAGGCAGCGAGCUAGCUCCUGACCACUCCACUCCACCCGUCCGUCCGUGCACGGCACCAAUUAAUUCCAUGGCGCUGUGGUGGUACUGCUAGCCCGACGUACCAGCAAGUCGUCCCCUUGAGAUUCAAGGGGAGGAUAGCUGCGGCCUAGGCGUCCUUCCGUCCCCAGUCCGGCAGUCCCGAGCUGAGUGCCUGAGCCCCCAGUCCCCACUGCUGCAGGAGCAGGACAGGCACUAGCUGAUCUGGGUGCAACUGCAAGUACCACCACGCACCACGACGGCUGCACACUGCACAUGAUCGGGUCGCCCAAAGCCGCCCGCCCGUGAGAUCUGAUCCUGCUGCUGCCUGUUCCGCUUCAAUUCUGACAGCACCCUAGCUGCCUGCAUGCGCGCUCGCAAGCUGAUGCUGAUCUGAUCCACCACCACCACCACCCAUCACAUCGUCGUCCGGAUUCAGGAGUGUGAGGGAUCUGAUCUUAUUGUCAUCGAUCGAUCGGGGAGAUGAUGCUCAAGGAUCUGGCAGCAAUUCAGCAGCAUCACCACCAGCAGCAGCUGGCCGCGGCCGCCGCCGACGAGAACAUGUCUAACUUGACCUCCGCCUCCGGCGACCAGGCCAGCGUCUCGUCCCACCCCGUCCCGCCUCCCGCCAAGAAGAAGCGCAGCCUCCCCGGGAAUCCAGACCCGGACGCGGAGGUCAUCGCGCUGUCGCCGCGGACGCUGAUGGCUACGAACCGCUACGUGUGCGAGGUGUGCGGCAAGGGGUUCCAGCGCGACCAGAACCUGCAGCUGCACCGGCGCGGCCACAACCUGCCGUGGAAGCUCAAGCAGCGCAACCCAAAGGAGGUGGUGCGCAAGAAGGUGUACGUGUGCCCGGAGCCCGGCUGCGUGCACCACGACCCCGCGCGCGCCCUCGGCGACCUCACCGGCAUCAAGAAGCAUUUCAGCCGCAAGCACGGCGAGAAGAAGUGGAAGUGCGACCGCUGCGCCAAGCGCUACGCCGUGCAAUCCGACUGGAAGGCGCACUCCAAGGUGUGCGGCACGCGCGAGUACCGAUGCGACUGCGGCACCCUCUUCUCAAGGAGGGACAGCUUCAUCACGCACAGGGCCUUCUGCGACGCGCUCGCGGAGGAGAGCGCGAGGGCGGUGACCGCCGCCGCGGCGGUCGCGGGCCAGCACCAUCCGGGACCGGCCGGGAUGCUCUUCUCGCAGGCCGCCGGCGGGGGCGACGGCGGCGCGGGGUUACACCUGCCGCCAGGCGUGCUUGACCCGUCGCAGACGCUGGGCGGCGGCCACGGCAUGUCGUUGCAAGAGCUGUGCCUGAAGAGAGAGCAGCAGCAGCAGCAGCAGUUCGCGCCGUCGUCGUGGCUCACGGCGCAACAUCACCAGCAGGAGCUGGAGCUGCCCGGAUCGGCCGUGUUCGGAUUGGCGAGGCCGCUAGACCAGCAGGAGUACAUGGGGAACUCCACAACGGAGAGCACGGCGGGCCUCAGCGGCUUCGUCGGGUUCUCGCCGUCCGCCGCCGGUGGAGCGGCGGCCUCGGCGCACAUGUCGGCGACCGCGCUGCUGCAGAAAGCAGCGCAGAUGGGUGCAACGCUGAGCCGACCGUCGAACCAGGGACAGAUGGCGGGCACUCACAGCAGCAGCACCACCAAUGCUGGCACUGGCACCGCCAACGCCGCAGCAGCUGCUGCAAGCAACGUGCCUGGCACUGGCGCUGCUGGUGCCCUCGGCUUCGGGUCACCACAUCACUUUGGAGCGGAGGAGAGGACCACCCGGCCGGCUGAUCGCGACGCCGGCAAUGGCAGCGGCAAUGCCGCCGCCGUAGCGGCCGGAGGCGGCAAUGAAGGCCUCACCAGGGACUUCUUGGGGCUGAGGGCCUUCUCCCACGGCGACAUACUCAGCAUGGCCGGUUUCGACCCCUGCAUGUCGUCGGCGUCGCCGGCGGCGUACGAGCAAGGGCACCACCACCCGAGCAGCAAGCAGUGGCAUGUCUAGUCUAGACAUCAUUACAUCGUCAUGGCAUCGUCGUCAGUACUGAUCAGUACAAUACAUCAUCAUGGCAGCUCGCCAUAUAUGGAUGAAUCAUUACUAUAUAUAUUCUGAAUGAGCUGCAGCACGUACGCAUGCAUGGACUUUGCUCGAUCAUAUUGGGUAAGUCGGAUCAUCGAUCGAAUCCACUUCACUUUUUUGCUUGGCUCUUAUUUUGAUGUUCAUUUGGGGGUGUACUACGGUUAUGGGCAUUUCAGUUCUUAUAUAUAAACUUCAUUCAUUCAAGAGGUGCAAUAUAUAUAUGGAAUGUUUUUGCUAUUAUUUAUAUAUCAUAGUCAACAAUCCGUGUUCUUAGCCAGAAUAUAUGCAUGUGUUUGUAGUAUGUAGCUACUUAAUCUGUAAAGCUUCGUAGCUAAUUUGUACGAGAAGCUCUACUACGUACUACUCAAGUUCAAGUUCCCUCUA